AAACUUUUACCUGCAGCGCAAGCGCCAAACCGGAAGCAGAAACACGGAAGUGUGAAACAGGCUAAUCGCUCAGGUGUGUUUAACAGCGAAAUAGAAAGUGUUUCAAAGUCGUCUGGAUUCUGUUCCUUGUGCACAAGACCUGCUGCAGGUCAUGAUGAGCAUCUGAUUGUUUUCAUGAACCAGUCUGUUCAUCUGCAGUAUGUCAGAGAAGAGAGGAAAGAUGAGUCUCUCACAGAAACAGAGGUCACACUGAACAGCAGAUUGUUGUCUCAAGCCAGUGCUGAUCAAUGACAGUUUAUCUGCAGUAUGUCAGAGAAGAGAGGAAAGAUGAGUCUCUCACAGAAACAGAGGCAAAUAUCCUGAUCCAUACUCCCUUCCAGUCGGUGGCGGUAAUGCUCCAAUAAGUUAGGUUGCCAACCGCCAGUAAACACCGAAGAAGAAGAAGAAGAACUACGCAGACAGCAAGAGAGAAAGCAUAGCUCGCUGGAUUUGAUCCGUUUUAUGUCCUAGAAAACAUUUGUACAGGUCACACUGAACAGCAGAUUGUUGUCUCAAGCCAGUGCUGAUCAAUGACAGUUUAGCUGCAGUAUGUCAGAGAAGAGAGGAAAGAUGAGUCUCUCACAGAAACAGAGUGUAAGAUCAGACUCACAUGUGUCCAGCUCUGUGUCUGUGAAGAGUGACCGGUCAAAGAAUGAACCACCGAGAUUCAGUGAAGAAACAGCAUCACGAACCAAACGGGUUCAGUAUGAAACAUUAGAUCCAGAUUUACAGUCUCACAGGAACCACAAGAAGUUUACAGACAGUCUCCUGCAGAUCUUCCAGGAUCUUGAGAGCAAAAUAAUCACAUUUCUAAAGAAAGAAUUGGAAAAGUUUAAGAAAAUAUUACAAAAAGAGGACAUGCAAUACUUUGUGAAGGACUUUAAUGAGAACAGAUGCAGUAUGAAAGAAGCAGCUCUUGAUCUCACGCUCUGCUUCCUGAGAGAGAUGAAGCAAGAUGAAGCUGCUGAUACUCUAGAAGAUGAACUGUUCUUCAUUCAUCAGCUAAAGUGUAGCCUAAAGAAGAAGUAUCAAUGUGCGUUUGAAGGAAUUGCAAAGCAAGGUGACUCUACACUUCUGAAGAACAUCUACACAGAUCUCUAUAUCACUCAGGGUUGUAGUGAACAGGUCAAUACUGAACAUGAGGUGAGACAGAUUGAAGUUGCUUCCAGACAUAAUGAAUCACAGGAGAUAAAGGUUGAGUGCAAAAAUUUGUUUGAUGCACCUGAACAAGACAAACAGAUCAGAACUGUACUGACAAAAGGAGUUGCUGGCAUCGGAAAAUCAGUCUCUGUGCAGAAGUUUGUUCUGGAUUGGGCCGAAGGAAAAGAAAAUCAAGAUAUCAGCUUCAUAUUUCCUCUUCCAUUCAGAGAGAUGAACUUAAAGAAGCAAGAAAAACUAAGUUUGAUGGACCUUAUAACUCAGUUUUUCCCAGAGACAGAAGGACUGAACCUUACAAGAAGAAAUCAAUUCAAAGUCUUGUUCAUUCUUGAUGGAUUGGAUGAAUGUCGACUUCCUGUAAACUUUAAGGAUAAUGAGACGUGGUCUGAUGUAUCAUCACCAGCCUCUCUGGAUGUUCUCCUGACGAACCUCAUCAAGGGAAAUCUGCUUCCUUCUGCUCUCAUCUGGAUCACCAGCAGACCAGCAGCUGCCAGUAAGAUUCCUCCUGACUGUAUCGACCGGCUGACAGAGAUACGAGGAUUCAAUGAUGCACAAAAGGAAGAGUACUUCAGAAAAAGAUUCACGGAUGAGAAUCAGGCCAAAGAAAUCAUUGAUCAUGUUAAACAAUCAAAGAGUCUCUUUAUCAUGUGCCACAUCCCAGUCUUCUGCUGGAUUUCAGCCACUGUUCUCCAGAACAUUUUAGAGGAGAAAAGAAAUAAUGCUGUGAAAAACAAUCAGGAUGAUGAUGCCUCCAAAACACUGCAGGAGUCAAACACUGAAGACACUCCUAAGACUCUGACACAAAUGUACACACACUUUCUCAGAUUUCAGAUCCAGCAGAGCAGACGAAAGUAUGAUGGAGAAUACACACCAGAUGUUUCCUGGGAUAAAGAUGCCAUCUUUUCACUGGGGAAACUGGCAUUUGAUCAGCUGGAAAGAAACAAUGUGAUCUUCUAUGACACAGAUCUGGAAGCCUGUGGUAUUGACGUCUAUAAGGCAUCAGUGUACUCAGGCAUGUGUACCCAGAUCUUUAAGGAGGAAACAGGGAUCGUUCUUGGUACCGUGUACUGCUUCGUUCACUUGAGCAUUCAAGAGUUUAUUGCAGCCCUUUAUGCACAUCUGUUUCUAGACAUCAACAAGAAGUGUGUGUUUGAUCAAGACUCUACAAAACAGAAAAAGAAAAGAAAAAACAUGAUUGAUUUGCUCAAGACUGCAGUGGACAAGGCACUAGAGAGUGAUAAUGGACACCUGGAUCUUUUUCUACGAUUCCUCCUUGGUUUGUCACUCCAGUCCAAUCAGAGACUCUUACAGGGUCUGUUGACACAGAAAAAUAGAAAUGAGCAGAGCAAAGAGGAAAUAGUUCAGUACAUCAAGCAGAAAUUAGAAGCUAAUCUGUCUCCAGAGAGAUCCAUCAAUCUGUUCUACUGUCUGAAUGAACUGAACGACCAAACUCUGGUGAAAGACAUUCAGACCCACCUUAGCAAAGGAAGUCUCUCAUCUGCCGAUCUUUCACCUGCCCAGUGGUCUGCUUUGGUCUUUGUGUUGUUGACAUCAGAGGAGGAGCUGGAGGAGUUUGAGCUUCAGAAAUUCAAGAAAUCAGACGAGUGUCUCAUUAGAUUAUCGGCAGUCAUCAAAACCUCCAAAAGAGCUCUGCUGCGUGAUUGUGGUCUAACAGAGGAAAGCUGUUCAGCUCUGGCUACAGUCCUGAGAUCAAACUCCAGUCUGAAAGAGCUUGACAUGAGCAACAAUAAUCUGCAGGAUUCAGGAGUGAAGAAACUCCAGAAAGGAUUAGAAAAUACAAAAUGCACAUUGGAGAAACUCAGACUUUCAGACUGCAGUAUCAGUGAAGAAGGUUAUAAAGCUCUGUCUUCAGCUCUGAGAUCAAACCCUUCACACCUGAUAGAGCUGGAUCUCACAGGAAAUGAUCCUGGACCAUCAGGAGUGAAGCAGCUCAGUGAUUUACUACAGGAUCCAAACUGUCAACUCAAGAAACUGAGGUGAGACGUGAUGAA